GCCUGCGGGACCCUUCGCGGUACGGGCCGGGAGCGGAGCGGGGCGCGGGGACCCGCGGUAACGGGUCUCCUGCUCUCGUGGGGGUCACAGCCGUCCCUGCAGCAUGGCAGACCCCGAGGACCCACUGCGCACCGCUGGUGAUGCCGGGGAGGGCCCAGGAGAUGACGGGUCCCUCCAGAAUGAUUCCUUCCCGCUUUCCUCACUGGCCAACCUGUUUGAGAGCGAGGACACCCCGUCCCCCCCCGAGGCAGCCCGGGGUCCCCCGGGAGCCGGGGAUGGGAAGCAAAACCUCCGCAUGAAGUUCCAUGGGGCCUUCCGUAAGGGCGCCCCGAAGCCCAUGGAGCUGCUGGAGGCCACCAUCUACGAGUCCUCCGUGGUCCCCGCGCCCAAGAAAGCCCCCAUGGACUCCCUGUUCGACUACGGCACCUACCGCCACCACCCCAGCGAGAACAAGCGCUGGCGCAGGAGGGUCGUGGAGAAGCAGUCGCCGGGUGUGAAGGGGCCGGCUCCCAACCCGCCCCCCGUCCUCAAGGUGUUCAAUAGACCCAUCCUCUUUGACAUCGUCUCCCGGGGGUCCCCAGCCGGCCUGGACGGGCUCCUCUCCUUCCUCCUCACACACAAGAAGCGCCUCACGGAUGAGGAGUUUCGAGAGCCCUCCACGGGGAAGACCUGCCUGCCCAAGGCGCUGCUCAACCUGAGCGGCGGCAGGAACGACACCAUCCCGCUGCUCCUCGACAUCGCCGAGAAGACGGGCAACAUGCGGGAGUUCAUCAACUCACCCUUCAGGGACGUCUACUACCGAGGUCAGACAGCCCUGCACAUCGCCAUCGAGCGCCGCUGCAAGCACUACGUGGAGCUGCUGGUGGAGAAGGGGGCAGAUGUGCAUGCCCAGGCCCGCGGCCGCUUCUUCCAGCCCAAGGAUGAGGGUGGCUACUUCUACUUUGGCGAGCUGCCGCUCUCGCUGGCCGCCUGCACCAACCAGCCCCACAUCGUGCACUACCUGACGGAGAACGGGCACAAGCAGGCGGAUCUGCGGCGCCAGGACUCCCGCGGCAACACGGUGCUGCACGCCCUGGUCGCCAUCGCCGACAACACCCGCGAGAACACCAAGUUCGUCACCAAGAUGUACGACCUGCUCCUCGUCAAGUGCGCCAAGCUCUUCCCCGACACCCACCUGGAGACGCUGCUCAACAACGACGGCCUCUCCCCGCUCAUGAUGGCGGCGAAGACCGGAAAGAUCGGGAUCUUCCAGCACAUCAUCCGCCGGGAGAUCACGGACGAGGAUGCGCGGCACCUCUCGCGGAAGUUCAAGGACUGGGCGUACGGCCCCGUCUACUCCUCCCUGUACGACCUCUCCUCGCUGGACACGUGCGGGGAGGAGGUGUCCGUGCUGGAGAUCCUCGUCUACAACAGCAAGAUUGAGAACCGCCAUGAGAUGCUGGCUGUGGAGCCCAUCAACGAGCUGCUGCGCGACAAGUGGCGCAAGUUCGGGGCCGUCUCCUUCUACAUCAGCGUGGUCUCCUACCUCUGCGCCAUGGUCAUCUUCACCCUCAUCGCCUACUACCGCCCCAUGGAAGGCCCCCCUCCCUACCCGUACACCACCACCGUGGACUACCUGCGCCUGGCCGGGGAGAUCAUCACCCUUCUCACCGGCAUCCUCUUCUUCUUCACAAACAUCAAAGAUCUCUUCAUGAAGAAGUGCCCAGGCGUGAACUCCUUCUUCAUAGAUGGCUCCUUCCAGUUGCUCUACUUCAUCUACUCGGUGCUGGUGAUCGUCACAGCGGGGCUGUACCUGGGCGGCAUUGAGGCGUACCUGGCUGUCAUGGUCUUCGCGCUGGUGCUGGGCUGGAUGAAUGCGCUGUACUUCACCCGGGGGCUCAAGCUGACAGGGACCUACAGCAUCAUGAUCCAGAAGAUCCUUUUCAAAGACCUUUUCCGCUUCCUCCUGGUCUACUUGCUCUUCAUGAUCGGAUACGCGUCAGCCCUGGUGUCCCUCCUCAACCCAUGUCCCAGCAGCGAGUCCUGUGAUGAGGAGCAGUCCAACUGCACGGUGCCCACCUACCCCUCGUGCCGAGACAGCCAGACCUUCAGCACCUUCCUGCUCGACCUCUUCAAGCUCACCAUCGGCAUGGGCGACCUGGAGAUGCUCGAGAGCGCCAAGUACCCCGGCGUCUUCAUCAUCCUCCUCGUCACCUACAUCAUCCUCACCUUCGUGCUCCUCCUCAACAUGCUUAUCGCCCUCAUGGGCGAAACAGUGGGCCAAGUCUCCAAGGAGAGCAAGCACAUCUGGAAGCUGCAGUGGGCUACCACCAUCCUGGACAUCGAGCGCUCCUUCCCGGUGUUCCUGCGGAAAGCCUUCCGCUCGGGAGAGAUGGUCACAGUGGGGAAGUGCACUGAUGGGACACCUGACCGCCGCUGGUGCUUCAGGGUGGACGAGGUGAACUGGUCCCACUGGAACCAGAACCUGGGCAUCAUCAGCGAGGACCCAGGCAAGAGCGACACGUACCAGUACUACGGCUUCUCCCACACCGUGGGCCGGCUGCGGAGAGAUCGCUGGUCCACAGUGGUGCCGCGCGUGGUGGAGCUCAACAAGAGCUGCCAGCCCGAGGAGGUGGUGGUGCCUCUGGGGACAAUGGGGACGGCAGAGGCGCGGGAGCGACGGCACGGCCAGGCCUCGGGCUCCCCACUCUAGCACCGUGGACUGGGCUGGAUGGUGCUUGUCUGCUCCUCAGGGAUUUGUGCUGGUGUCCAGCCCGGACGGGGGGGUCCUGGCCCUACCCCGGCGGUGCUGGGGGGUCUCCAGCUCACACAGACGAGCUCCAGUGCCACUGCUGCGCUUUGCCACACCGGGGACGUUGGCUGUGCCAUGCUGUAAACCGCUGCCGCGGGCAGGGGCGGGAGCAGGGCCCUUCCACCCCCCCAUGGUUUUUGCCACAGAUUUUUGCACAAGAUUUAUACGACUAUUUAUUUAGUAAUAAAGACUGAGCUGCCACCGCU